GUAGUAGCUUCCAACACGCUCUCUGCAUCAGCCCAGGCAACUGGAGUGCGCCAGGAACAAGACGUGUUAUGGAACAUCUGAACACACACACACACACACACAGUUUGGAACCAGUAGGGACAUUCAUUCCAAAAAAUGUUUCAACAUACAAACGAUGGUUGUGGAGCUCAGAUGGGAGGGCUCAUGAUUUGGACGGGGGAGGCGAGGUUCUCGCCGUCUUCCCGGCUGAUGCAAUUGGAGGCAGGUCGGAUCCACCUUAAAUAGAAGAGCGAAAGGCAACACACAACAAACGCUGCAAACGUGUCACCUAUCGCUCGCCAGCCCGUCCGCUCGCUCGCUCGCUCGCUCGCUGCCGCACCGCCAGAGAGGGAGCUCUGUCUUGCAGUCUGUCUCGCAACUGGUCGUUCCGUUCUCCAGCUUCUCCACAGCAACAUGGAGACCACCAAACUCCCACAGACUGCUGCUGACACGUUCAAGGCCUCGGACCUGGAUAUUGAGUUGGUUCAAAGUGUGGCGGAGAAACCGGAUGUGAAGCACCUGGCGUUUGGCACGGUGUUCACUGACCACAUGCUCGUCAUUCACUGGACGUUGGCAGGAGGCUGGGAGAGACCACGCAUCCAGCCGCUGCAGAACCUCUCGCUGCAUCCCGCCACCUCCGCCCUCCAUUACUCAGUGGAGCUCUUCGAGGGAUUGAAAGCGUAUCGAGGAGUGGACAGCAAGAUACGGCUGUUUCGACCCAUGCUGAACAUGGACCGGAUGCUGAGAUCUACCAUCAGGGUGGCUUUACCAACUUUUGAUCGGGCCGAGCUGUUGGAAUGCAUCAAAAAGCUGGUGGAGGUGGACAAAGAGUGGGUGCCGUACAGCACCGAGGGAAGCUUGUACAUUCGUCCGACGUUUAUUGGGACAGAGGCUUCCCUGGGCCUGAAGAAGUCGACCAAAGCCAUGCUCUACGUCAUCCUGAGCCCAGUCGGACCGUACUUCAGCACGGGCAUGUUCAAUGCCGUGUCCCUCUGGGCCAACCCAGAGUACGUUCGUGCCUGGAGGGGAGGAACCGGAGACUGCAAACUCGGCGGGAAUUAUGGAGCCUCACUAUAUGCGCAGUCUCAAGCUCUGAAUGUUGGCUGUCAACAGGUCCUGUGGCUCUACGAAGAUGAUGAGAAGAUAACAGAGGCAGGAACAAUGAAUCUGUUCCUUUACUGGAUAAACGAGCAAGGAGAGGAAGAGCUCGUGACAGCACCACUGGACGGCAUCGUUUUACCCGGCGUAACGCGGCAAAGCAUUGUCGACUUGGCACGCGAGUGGAAGAAGUUCAAAGUUGAAGAGCGCCCAGUGACAAUGGCCCAGCUGGUCAAAGGUCUGAAGGAAAACCGGGUCAAGGAACUCUUCGGAUCGGGAACGGCCUGCGUCGUGUGUCCGGUGGGUCGGAUCUUGUACAAGGGAGAGAACUUGCAAAUUCCAGUCUUGGAAAACGGACAUAAGUUGGCAAAACAGCUCAUGGAUAGCCUCACUGAUAUCCAGUACGGGCGUGAAGCGAGUGACUGGACCUGCCAGGUGGCAUGAAGCUGGACGCCUCAUCGUGAGCAGUCCGACUGAAGGCCCGGGCGGUCGAGUGGGUGCAAUGCCUCAAAGUAACAACGACUCCUCUUCAACGUCAUUAGGCGCAGAGCGAAGGGUGUCUGGUCUUCUGCCAGCAGUAGAAUAAAGCACAAAUCAUCUUGUAAUAUAAACCUGAUUUCCAAUGGUGUUGAAUGGCAGUAGUUUUGUGUCCGGCAGCAGAGCCCGCAAGAGCUACUUCUCCUCAGGUCCCUAUUUGGUUCUGCCGAACAUCCCUAUUUACACGUCUCUCGUAUAGUAACUGUGUGUGGUGCUACCUCCUGACGUACAGACAUGUUGUCACCUAGUGGUGUUCCCCAUACCCAGUGACUCCUGUGUAGGCAGACAGCAAUACUACUAAGCAUACAUUUGUGUGCAAGUCUUUAUUAAUUGGGUUAGUGACUUCCUAUGUAGACAGCAAUAGUACCAAGUAUACAUUUGUGUACAAGCCUUUAUUAAAUAGGGUUAGUGGUCCCUUCAAAGUUUGAUAGUUUCCUCAACCAACGUAAUAUUGGUGAAGGUCUAGAAUUGAGGUCAACGUUGUAUAGUUUACGCUUGUAAAAUCCUACCUUCCUCAGGAAGUAUUGGCAUUGCUUUGCAAUGGUCAUGUGUACCGCGAUGUACUUUUGUGUGCUACCCAGGCAAAUCAUACCAUCCUCGAGUACAAUCAAGCCAUAAGCAAGUACAACAGGUAGUGCAGAGAAAAAAAUACCAACGUGCGAAGUAUAGUGUUACAGACUCAGAGAAAGCGCAAUUUUUUUUUAAAGUGCAAGGGCCGCAAAGAGGUAGGUUGGAGGAUUGGGGACUGAAUCCUUAGCUUAUUAGUGCACUGUUUAGUAGUGUGUAAACAGUGGGGAAGAAGUACUGUAUUAGUAAAUAGUGGCGCCUACAAUGUGUUUCAAACGUAAAACUAUACCAGUUGAACAUGCCAAAUAGUAGAUUUCUACACGCUGCGUGCCAAACUAAGACUCAUGUGACAUUAUGUGACCAUUUGAUAAUUUAUAUACAGCAUUUGGUAAAUUUCUGAUACAGGUCCAACACCGAUUUUCCGGCAACUGGCAGUCUUUAAUGCAGACAAAAUUAUGAGAGUACAUUAGAAAUCCCCCCCACCCCCCCCCCCGCCCCGGAAGUCCCCCCGCCACUGUCGCACCUAGGCUAGGUGAGGCAACUGAUCGCGACCUCAUCGAGACUUCCAUGGAUCUAUCGCUGGUCGAAUUUGUCGUCUGCGGCCAGGCCUCUGGAACUCCGGUCCGGCCAGAGUCGGCAGAUCCGUUCUCAUAGUCGACUUCCGAGGCCGACUUUGUGGGCCGGUAUCUCGGCCCUCUCUCUGAGGCCGAGACCUCUGUUGGUCCGGGAAAACGGAUAAAAGGGGCAAAGCUCUGGAACCAAACGUGUUGGAAAAUCAGUGGUGGACCUGUACUGUUAAAUAGAUGCAAGAUGUAUCAUGGUGUUGAGAUUUAAAAGAGAAAAUAUCAAUAAUAGCUGUUCCUGUGAUGUAUUUCUUCUCUAUUGUUUUCCUACAUUGUGAAGACGAUGACUUAGAAAGGCAUGCUUGAAUUGGAAGAGUGAACGGGUUAUAUAACGUGUAUGAAUAGUAGAACGUAUAUUACAUUCUUCCUCCACAAUUCUUUCAAUAAAUAGCUUUAAGGUGAAAGGGGCAAAGCUUAAAGGGAAUAUGCGGGGUAACUUUUUUGCACAGAGGGUGGCGGGAACAUUAAACACACUACCAGAGGUGGUGGAGGCAGAUACGACACUGCGUUUAACAGACUUUUGGAUAUGGAGGUACAUGGAUUUUUGACUAUGGAGGUACAUGUGCAGGUAGAUAAGAGUUGUUCUUGGCAUCGACAUUCAGCACAGACAUUGUGGGCUGAAGGUCCUGUUCCUGCAUCGUGCUGGCCUAUGUUCUAAAACACACUGAAGUGCUGGAGGAACACAGCGGGCCAAGCAGCAUCUGGGGAGGCAAUGUUUUGGGUCAGAUCCCUUCUUCAGAUAGGGGGUCAAAGGGACCUGAUCCCGAAACGUCGCCUGACCAUUUCCCUCCAUAGAUGCCGCCUGACCCUCUGAGUUCCUCCAGCACCUCUGUGUGUGUUUUGAACCAAGAUCCCAGCAUCUGCAGUCUUCAGUAGGAUGAGCUUCGGAGGUCAAGUUGGACACACUGUCCCGACAGUGUAGCUCAUUUAUCACUCCCCACACACACUGAGUUGUUGCCACGGUACGAUUGAAGUGUAAAGGCAUGGCAGUAAUCAAAGCCACUCAUAGCCAGGAUUGGAUUGCAUACAUGACAACAGGUUGUUUUUAAGGUGGGCAUUUUAAAGCGGGCAGGCAAAUAGAGCUCAGAUGCAGGGCAAGUUGCAGUGUUGUUUCAGACUCAAAGGACUUUCUACAACAUGAACAUUGACGCAGCUUACAGAUCCAGAGACCGCGGGGUAUGUUUUCUAAACAGAGGGUGGUGGGAGCCUGGAACACCCUGCUGGGCGAGGUGGUUGAGGCAGAUACGACAGUGGCUUUUAAGAGACUUUUAGAUAAGCACAUGAAUGCGCAGGGAAUGGAGGGACAUGGACACUGUGCAGGCAGAUUAGCAGAAACUAUCGCAGUGUUUAAGAGACAUUUGGACAGAUACAUGGAUAGGACAGGUUUAGAGGGAUAUGGGCCAAACGCAGGCAGGUGGGACCAGUGUAGAUGGGCCAUGUUGGUCGGUGUGGGCAAUUUGGAGCGAAGGGCCUGUUUCCACGCCAUAUCACUCUAUGACAUUAGACCUGUCCCACUUUCCCGACCUAAUUCACAACCUUUUUUACUCUUGGACAUUUUUCAUCGCCCCGACCUACUUGAUGCCACUGGUACCUACGACUAGCAUCACGACCUGCUACGACCUACCUACGACCUACCUACGACCUCGUGACGACCAUGCUGCGAGUAUGAGUCAAAGACAAACUUGGCAGAGGUCAUGAUGUUCCCGAUGUUGGGGGAAGUCCAGAACAAGGGGUCACAGUUUAAGGAUAAGGGGAAACAUUUUUUACACAGAGAGUGGUGAAUCUGUGGAACUCUCUGCCACAGAAGGUAGUUGAGGCCGGUUCAUUGGCUAUAUUUAAGAGGGAGUUAGAUGUGGCUCUUGUGGCAAAAGGGAUCAGGGGGUAUGGAGAGAAGGCAGGUACAGGAUACUGAGUUGGAUGAUCAGCCAUGAUCAUAUUGAAUGGCGGUGCAGGCUCGAAGGGCCGAAUGGCCUACUCCUGCACCUAUUUUCUAUGUUUCUAUGUUUCUAUGAAUUAGGUCGUGAAAGUGGGACAGGCCCUUAAGAUAGAGUUAGUCUUGACAUCAUAUUAGACAUUGUGGGCUGAAGGACCUGCUCCGAUUUUACCCUGAACGCUCUGUCUAAGAUGUGUGGGAAGGAAC